UCUAAGGUUGCUGCAACAUGGGGAGUUCCAGUGAGUUAGUUUUUUCGGGUUUUUUGGCCUUGCUUUGGCUCAGUGCUAGAGCUUGUUCACAGGCACAAGAGCCCCAAGUGCCCUGUUUCUUCAUCUUUGGUGACUCACUGGUGGACAAUGGAAACAACAAUGGAAUCCUCACACUUGCCAGAGCUAAUUACAGACCUUACGGCAUUGACUUUCCUCAAGGAGUCACUGGCCGGUUCACUAAUGGUCGAACUUAUGUUGAUGCUCUUGCUCAACUUCUAGGGUUUUCUAAUUAUAUUCCAUCUUAUGCGAGAACCCGGGGACCUGCACUACUUGGGGGAGUGAAUUAUGCAUCAGGAGCAGCUGGUAUUCGUGAUGAAACCGGCAACAAUCUGGGAGAUCACAUUCCCAUGAACCAACAGGUUUCCAACUUUGCCAAUACAGUUGUGCAGAUGAGGCGGUUUUUCAGAGGAGAUACCAAUGCUCUAAACAGCUAUCUUAGUAAAUGCAUCUUCUAUUCUGGGAUGGGAAGCAAUGACUACCUUAACAACUAUUUCAUGCCCGAUUUCUAUUCAACUGGUUCGGAUUACACCACAAAGGCUUAUGCUGCUGCACUUCUUCAGGACUACUCUCGACAGCUAACGGAAUUAUAUGAACUGGGAGCUCGUAAGGUGGUUGUGACCUCGGUUGGCCAAAUUGGAUGCAUACCAUAUCAGCUGGCCCGAUUUAAUGGUAGUGGUAGCCAGUGCAAUGAAAGUAUCAACAACGCAAUUAAUUUAUUCAACACGGGGCUUCGAAAGCUGGUUGAUCGAUUCAACAAUGGUCAAUUGCCUGGAGCCAAGUUUGUGUACCUGGAUUCAUUCCAAAACUCCAAAGACCUAGUACUAAAUGCAGCUACUUAUGGAUUUGAAGUAGUAGACAAAGGAUGCUGUGGGGUGGGAAAAAAUAACGGACAGAUAACUUGUCUUCCCCUUCAAGAACCUUGUGAUGACCGCAGAAAGUACAUCUUCUGGGACGCCUUUCAUCCAACCGACGUCGCCAACAUCAUAAUGGCCAAGAAAUCAUUCAGUUCCAAAUCACAAUCUUAUGCUUACCCCAUAAAUAUACAGCAAUUGGCCAUGCUUUAAGAGUUUGGAACUUCUUAAAUUUAUUUUAAGAGCAGAAGUAAUGGUUUUAUUUGCUUUAAUUUCAAGCUGUUUUCCAGUGUAAAUGCUGGGGUUGUUAGUGUUUUUGACAUUUUCCGUUGGCUGUUAUAUUCUUUCAAUUCAAGCAGGUAAUCUGUCCUUGGUUUUUUUUAUCAUCA